GGAGGCUGGCUGGCUAAGAGCGAGCGGGCGAGCGGUGGGCAGCGCGCGGGUGGAGCGGCCGAAGUUUCUCUGCCUGCCUCGUCCGGCGAGCCAGAGCCACGCAGCAGCUCUAGGAAAAAACAGACGAGAACAAACUGCAAGACACGCUGAAAAAUAAUUCUCAAGUCAGCCCGAGGCGCAGGAGGCAGGUCUGCGCUGUCCCAGGCUCGGCGAGGCAUUUGCUAUGACCGCAGUGUCCUCAAGGAUCCAGGACUGCCCCUCGCUGCCGCAGCCACACCGGGUUCCCACACUGCCCCGCCUGUGCCCGGCCCCGCGUCACCAUGGGCAGCGUCAGCAGCCUCAUCUCCGGCCACGGCUUCCACAGCAAGCACUGCCGGGCUUCGCAGUACAAGCUGCGCAAGUCCUCCCACCUCAAGAAACUGAACCGGUACUCGGACGGGCUGCUCAGAUUCGGCUUCUCCCAGGACUCGGGCCGGGGCAAGUCCAGCUCCAAAAUGGGGAAGAGUGAAGACUUCUUCUACAUCAAAGUCAGCCAGAAGGCCCGGGGCUCCCACCACCCCGAUUACACGGCACUGUCCAGCGGGGACCUGGGGGGCCAAGCUGGGGCGGACUUCGGCCCAUCUACCCCACCCAAGCUCAUACCCUUCUCCAGUCAGCUAGAAAUGGCCUCAGAGAAGGGCGCAGUGAGGCCCACAGCCUUCAAGCCCGUGCUGCCACGGUCUGGAGCCAUCCUGCACACCUCCCCUGAGAACACCAGCCACCAGCUGCACCCCGCCGCUCCAGACAAGCCCAAGGAGCAGGAGCUGAAGCCCGGCCAGUGCUCCGGCGCUCUGUCUGACUCCGGCCGCAACUCCAUGUCCAGCCUGCCCACUCACAGCACCAGCAGCAGCUACCAGCUGGACCCGCUGGUCACAGCUGUGGGGCCCACCAGCCGUUUUGGGGGCUCAGCCCACAACAUUACCCAGGGCCUCCUCCUCCAGGACAGCAACAUGAUGAGCCUGAAGGCGCUGUCCUUCUCCGAUGGGGGCAGCAAGCUGGCGCACCCAAGCAAGGCGGACAGGGGCUCCUCGUGUGUGCGCUCACCCAUCUCUACGGACGAGUGUGCCAUCCAGGAGCUCGAGCAGAAGCUGCUGGAGCGGGAGGGCGAGCUGCAGAAGCUGCGGCGCAGCUUUGAGGAGAAGGAGCUGGCCUCCAGCCAGGCCUAUGAGGAGCGGCCCUGGCGCUGCCAGGACGAGCUGGAGGGCCCGGAGCAGAAGAGCAGCAGCAAGCUGAAGGCGGCCUCACAGAAGAGCCAGCGCGCCCAGCAGGUGCUGCACCUGCAGGUGCUCCAGCUGCAGCAAGAGAAGCGGCAGCUGCGACAGGAGCUUGAGAGCCUCAUGAAGGAGCAGGACCUGCUGGAGACCAAGCUGCGGUCCUACGAGAAGGAGAAGACCAGCUUCGCCCCUGCGUUGGAGGAGACCCAGUGGGAGGUGUGCCAGAAGUCAGGCGAGAUCUCCCUCCUCAAGCAGCAGCUGAAGGAGUCCCAGAUGGAGGUCAACGCCAAGGCCAGUGAGAUCCUCAGUCUGAAGGCACAGCUGAAGGACACACGGGGCAAGCUGGAGGGCACAGAGCUGAAGACGCAGGAUCUGGAGAGCGCCCUGCGCACCAAGGGUCUGGAGCUGGAGGUCUGCGAGAAUGAGCUGCAGCGCAAGAAGAAUGAGUCGGAGCUCCUGCGGGAGAAGGUGAACCUGCUGGAACAGGAGCUGCUGGAGCUGCGGGCCCAGGCCGCCCUGCAACGCGACUGCGGGCCCCGGGCUGGGCCAGGGCCCGCCUUCUCGGAGGACAUCCCUGCCCUGCAGCGGGAGCUGGAGCGGCUGCGGGCUGAGCUGAGGGAGGAGCGGCAAGGCCAUGACCAGAUGUCCUCGGGCUUCCAGCACGAGCGGCUGGUUUGGAAGGAGGAGAAGGAGAAGGUGAUCCAGUACCAGAAGCAGCUGCAGCAGAGCUACCUAGCCAUGUACCAGCGGAACCAGCGCCUGGAGAAGGCCCUGCAGCAGCUGGCCCACAGGGACGGGGCAGGGGAGCCCGUGGAGAUUGACCUUGAAGGGGCUGACAUCCCCUAUGAGGACAUCAUUGCCACCGAGAUCUGAGGGGCCCCGGGAGAGGGAGAGCUGGGACCUGGCACUGGGGGGCAGUGGUGCUGAGCCUGUCUGGGGGGCUCCCCCAUCCUCUCCCCUGCUCAGUCACUGGGCCCCUGGGCACAAGCCUAGAACCCUCAAUGGGACGGAGUGGAGGGGAGCCAAGGGACUGCCACAGGGCCUCCCUCCCCCUCCCAUGGUCCAGUGCUCACCGUUCUGCAGCCCUCCAGACCUCCAGCUUUCCCAAGAGGUGGGCCCACAGUCCCAACAGUUGAGGAAGGCCUCGCUAAUCUUUGGCCUGCAUUCAGUACUUAGAGAUGUCCUCCCCCAGGGAUGGCAGCAGCGGCAGCAGCUAGGAAAGCCAGUGACCACCUCUCCGCAACUGGCCUUUCUCCCCAGGGUGUCCUGGGAUGCUUUGCCAUUUGUGACCAGAAUCCCUGUAACCUGAGCGGGUCAUAACCUGAGCUCUCCCUUUGGCCAAGGAGGUGCAGGGGUGGAAGAGGGUGUGGAAAACGGGCUCAGCACCAUCAGUGCUAUCCUGACCCCACAGCUACGGGAAGGAGGGAGAGUAGCAGCAAGGACCACAGGGGCUGAGGGAGAAGCUCACUGGUCUUGGCCAGACCCUGCUGGGCCUGCUAACUGGGGAGGGGGGAGGGGGAACAGACUCCAGGUGGCUGGUGGCCUUUGACCUCGGUGACCACUCCCCGUAAAGCCAUAGACACUGAGGAUCUGGGCAGGUGCUGGGAAGGGAAGAUGGGAGGCACUGGACACAGGGUGGGUGUGGCUUUUCAGUUGUCACCAGGAGACCUUCCAGGUAGUUCCUGUGGGGUCUGGACAUGGGGCUUCCCCACCUGGUUGAAACUGGCCUGUGGCUACUGUGAACUAGCUGGAUCCAAUAUAACCUAUAUCCACAGAGACCGUUCAGGGCAGUCUGGGCAGCAGCCCACCUUUUCCCCUUCACAUGUCCAGUGCCAAGUUCAGACAAGAGUCCUUCCUGGUCAGAUGGGGUUCCCAGAGCACCAGUGGCUGGAGCCCAGGAGGGGAGAGCAAGAGGUGCAGGAACUGCCUUAUGAACAUCCCCAGGGCCACCAACUGGCCUCCUCUACCCCAAGCCCCACAGGAGCCCCGGCUGAAGAAGCCAGAGGCCACAGCUGCUGGAGGCAGGCCGGCACCUGGGGAGGCUGGGGUAUCUUUCCUGAAGGUGUGCAGGGCUGGCAAGGGCAGAAAAGGUAGAGCUGAUCAGUUGCUUGUUCCAGGAAAAUUUUUUUCUUCUUUUUUUCUUCUUGACUUCCCAGAAGCAAGCCAGCUCUAGCAGGCAGCCAGGCUGCUCCCCAUUCUAUUUUUGAUGCUACCGCAGCUGUUGUUCUCAGGACGGCCAGCCCUUGCCAGUUCUUGUGCCUCCUGCCUGCCUGCUGGGAGGCCCAGGCAAGGGACAUGAGAGCGGCAGGGCACUUAGCUGGUCCACACCGAUCCCAUCUGCGUCCCUGACCUCUGAUGUCUGGCUACAGGUCCCCUGGGUGCAAAUGGGGCUGUUCCUCUUCCCACCGCUGUCCCUCCAGGACCCACGACGUUCCUUCUACGACUCCAGGGUGUGGGCAGAGCCACCUGCUCUGCAGCUGGCCCUGCUUCCCUGUCCCAAGGGUUAAGCUGUGCCCAUCCUGCUGCCUUCACUCGACAGAGGGGCAUUCCUGGAAUCUGAAGCCAUGGCUUAGUCAUCAGCCAGGUUUAAACCUGGAAUCCAUAGGUCCAGAGCCCCCUCCCUGCCCAGAGCCCCCACCCCUCACCAGGCAGAGCGCAGAACACCGAGUCACAGACAUCCUGUUCCCUGUGCCACGGCCCUCCAUCCCUCCAUGUCCACCAGCCUGUGCGUGUCUUGUUCCGAGUUCUUCCUCCCGGUGAGACUGCCCCAGGCUGGAGACACCCCCACACCCCUCUCGAAGAGCAGUCCCUCACCCGAGAAGAGGUAGGUGUUGCUCGUGGUGGGACCAUGCCCUGCACCCCACAUCCCUGCCCUCAGCCAACCACGGAUGCCGCCCCUGAGCUGCCAUCAGCAGUGGCAGCAGGGUACAUCAGUGUCCUGUAACAUAGCAACCUCACCACCAGCUGGCUCUUCUUCCCUUCCCUGUGGAAAAACACCCUUAUCCUCCUGGACCAUGCCAGACCCAGCUUCCCCAGAAGGAGGCCCCGACCAGCAGAGGCUGAGCAGGGCUGGGGAGGUAGGACGGCACGAGCCUGCGAGCAGGCAGUCUGGCCGGGCAGGGUGAGCUCGCUGCCCUGUGUUCUGAGCACUGCUGGCCUCCGAGCUCGCUCAGUCAGACCCAACCGCUGCGCUCCCUCCCCAAAGAAGGCCUGGCCUGAAGAUGCUCCGGCCACCGGCACAAAGAGAGCAGCAUCCAGCACCACCUCUCCAAGGAGACUCUGCCUCUGGGACCGGGGAUGACCAGACGCUCAAAGGCGCCCGCCACAGGAGUCUCCUGUGGCCACCAGUGUCGUUCAGGGAUCCUGCUGGGUGCAGUGCACCCACUGUGAGCAGUGAGCUCUAUGGGGACUGGGGGCCAUCUCUCCCUAAGAAGCAACUGCUGAGCCCUUGCCCUUGUCCCGGCCCAACCAGGGCUGCCCAAGAGCCCAUCAGUCUGGGCUGUUGGAGCAGCAGCUUCAAGGAGAGGGCAUUUCCCAUGGGCCCCGAGUUCCCUGAAGCCGGAGCGUUUGCCCUGUGCAGGUGGACACUCCCCACCCCUGCAGCAAGCAUGCUGGGUUCACACUGUGUCUGCGGGCAGAGCCGGACCCCCCAGCCGAGGCUGCCUUUGGUCAGAACAGCUUUCGGAAGAGUGUGUACACAGUUAUUUUUCUCUUGGUUUGUUUCUUGUUGUUUGAUUUGCUUUGCUUUUAACAGCUUCGUUUUAUUUUAUUUUUGAUGCCCCUUUUGGCCAUGUAAU